AUGGCAACGGAAAUUGGCAGUCAAUGCCUGGACGUGAUCAUCCCGCAGACAGCCCUGGAGGACAUGGAGAAGGACACUGACGAGGUCAACGAGGAACGAAAAGAUCAACCACAAUCAUACUCAGGGAGAGUCUUCAACAUCAACAACAGCAAUAACAAUGAUAAAGAUGAGAAGACAAAAAAGAAAAAGGAGAAGAAAGAAAAGAAGGAGAAAAAGGAGAAAAAGGACAAGAAAGAAAAGAAAGAAAAGAAAGAAAAGAAGAUAGAAAAAGAAAAGGCAGAACAAAUAGCAAAAGAGAAAGAAAAGGAAAAAGAGAAAGAGAAAAAAGAAGGGCCCAAAGAAAUAUAUGUCAUUAACCCAGGAGAACCUAUUUACUACAAAUGGCUGUUUGUCAUCGCCAUGCCAGUAAUGUACAACUGGACCAUGAUAAUUGCCAGAGCCUGUUUUGAAGAAAUGCAGCAAAGAUAUCUGGUGAUGUGGUUCAUCAUCGACUUUAUAUGCGAUGUUAUAUAUCUGGCUGACAUGGUUUUCCGGACAAGAACAGGGUAUCUGGAGCAGGGCUUAUUGAUCAAAGAUGAACAGAAACUACGAGACCGAUAUGUCCAGAGCUUUCAGUUCAAACUGGACGCGCUGUCCAUGAUUCCCACUGACAUUCUGUAUCUCUUCUUGGGAGUGAACUACCCAGAGAUCCGCCUCAAUAAGCUGCUUCGAGUCUCCCGCAUGCUCGAGUUCUUCCUCCAGACCGAGACCAAGACCAAGUACACCAACAUUUUCCGCAUAUUCAACCUGGUCAUGUACAUCGUGAUCAUCAUCCACUGGAAUGCCUGCAUGUACUAUGCUUUCUCCAAGGCCAUUGGCUUUGGGUCUGACACCUGGGUUUACCCGGAACUCAGUCACCCCGAAUUUGGGAAACUGCUCAGGAAGUAUUCGUACAGCCUCUACUGGUCCUGCAUGACGCUAACCACCAUUGGUGAAACUCCGCCCCCCAUCCUGGACUGUGAGUUCUUCUUCGUGGUGACGGACUUUCUGGUGGGCGUACUGAUCUUCGCUACCAUCGUGGGUAACGUGGGCUCAAUGAUAACCAACAUGAACGCAGCCAGGACUGAGUUCCAGUUCAGGGUCGACUGCAUCAAGCAGUACAUGCGUGUGCGGAAGGUCAGCAAGGACCUGGAGGACAGGAUCGUCUUGUGGUUCGACUACCUGUGGGACAACAACAAGACAGCCAACGAGAGGCAUGUGCUGAGGCAUCUGCCAGACAAGCUGAAGGCCGAGAUCGCCAUCACCGUCCACCUGGACACCCUGAAGAAGGUGCGCAUCUUCCAGGACUGCGAGGCGGGGCUCCUCAUCGAGCUGGUGCUCAAGCUGCAGCCCCAGGUCUUCAGCCCUGGUGACUACAUCUGCAAGAAGGGCGACAUCGGGCGGGAGAUGUACAUCAUCAAGGACGGGAAGCUGGCGGUGGUGGCAGACGACGGCGUGACUCAGUUCGUGGUGCUGAGUGACGGGAGCUACUUCGGCGAGAUCAGCAUCCUCAAUAUCAAGGGCAGCAAAGCCGGCAACCGCAGGACUGCCAACAUCCGCAGCAUCGGCUACUCUGACCUGUACUGCCUCUCCAAGGACGACCUGAUGGAGGCACUGACGGAGUAUCCGGAGGCCAAGGACAUGCUGGAGGAAAAGGGGCGGCAGAUCCUCUUGAAGGACAACCUGAUCGACCUGGACCCCGCUAACCUGAAGCCCGAUGCCAAAGACCUGGAGGAGAAGGUCAACCGCCUGUACGGUAACCUGGAGCUCACGCACAUCAAGCUCUCCAACGUGAUGAAGAACUACAGGAGUAUGCAGCUCAACACCAAGCAGCGCAUUGCCCACAUGGAGAGGCUAAUUGGGGAGGCGAUGGAGGAGGAGGAAGAGGAGGCGGGAGAAAUCAAAGUGGAGGUGGUGAAGAAGGAAGCAGGAACAGAGGGAGAGAAAGAGGUGGAGAAGAAAGAAGAAGAUAAAGAGGAUGAGAAGGAAGGAGAGAAGGUAGAAGAGGAGAAAGAGGAGGCAAAGAAGGAAGAUGAGAAGGAAGAAGAUGAAAAGAAGGAAUAAGAGGAAAAGGAUGAUGAGACAGAGUGA